AUGUCUUCACGCCGUCAACUUCGAGUUGUUCUUGCUCGUAAUCCACCAGAUGCAUUUGCCAAUUGUCCGAUAUUCCCAACUCUCGAUGUGAUUGUUCAAUGUCCAUUUCCAGGUUGGACUGUCGAGGUUCUCAAAAUGUUGGGAGACGCUUUAAAAUGGGAUAUAAUACCAGUUGUGACACCAACAAUUGUAGGAGGACUUGAUUGGGGAACAAUGACUGGAAACGAUACUUGGAAAGGAGUGCUUGGAUAUCUGCAGAAUGGAACAGCGGAUGCAGCAGCUCUCAUGUAUCAGAAAACUGAUUUGAGAAAUGAAUUCUUUGAUUUCUCGUAUCCAGUCAACAAUAUGUUAUGGCAUCUUGUUCAAUUACAACUUGACGAGAAAAGUGAUGAUAUGUUGUUCUAUACGUUGUCAGGAAACAUCGUCCUGUUCAUAUUUGCUCUUUUGCAAACUGGAACUCUCAUCGAAUUAUAUAAAGGUAUACUUCUAACAUCUCUCAUUACUUCAAAUGGAGACAAUCCAUUUGCCAAUGCGGAUGAAAUGAUCAAAUUAAUUGGAGCGAAAAAGUAUCAUUUGACUACAAACUACAUGGGAAAUUGGUAUUUCGAUGACUUGCAACAUUCCGAUCAGCAGCAUUUCGUGAAACUUCGUGCUGCAACUUCAUCAAACCCAGUUAUCCCAGCAGCUAGUGUGUCUGCUGCAUUAGAUUUAGUGGACACUGGAAAGUAUAUUUAUCCGAUUCAACAAGAUUCUCUCGCAAUGCAAAUGAGUAAAGAAAGAUGUAAUUAUGUUUAUGUAAGCGACGGAAUGCCUCAAGUUUCUUCAUUUUUUGUAUUCAAAAAGAACUUUUCCGGACUCGAAGAAUUCAAUCGACAGAUUAUAAUGAAUCAAGUAUUCAUACAAAGAACUUUCAACAAAUAUUUCAAUGAGGGAUUCAAACUUGGUUUUAUUCCAAAGUGCGAAAUAGCCGAAGAGACGAAAUCCGAUGCCUCGAAACCAUUGGAUAUUGAAUCAGUAAUUGGUGUUUUCACAAUCGGAGCACUCGGAAUCGCAGCUUCUUUUAUUGUAUUUGUAGUGGAAAUAUACCAUUACUGGCAUAUGCGUAUUCUGGCUCGACGUGCUCGUAUGCGAGACCCAUGGAAUGUACGAAACCUCGCUCGAAUUGCUCAAAUUCACUUCACAACAUCUCAACAAUACUCUGAAAUUGAUGUGAUGCGUCUCGUUGACGCUCUGAAUGCCUCUUCGCUUUCUCAAUCAUCCAGUGAUUCCUCAAUUUGA